AUGAACAUUGCUAUAUCUAGUGGACUGGAUGUUGGUAUCCAGGCACUUAAUCUCUUAAACAAAUUGUUAGAAGAGAGAGAGAUCGCAAAAAGCUGGUAUGGAGAGGAUAAAUAUCUUAUCUUUACCCAAAGACGUUGCUGGCCUCUAUUACCCUUUAAGAGAUUUGGACGUCUGGAAAUUCGAAAAGUUUUUAAAGUUAAAAAGGAACAUUGGCAAAAAGUGAUUGAAAAUUGUCUCUCAGAUUGCUCAACCUGGCAUGAGCAGAUGACUUAUAAUAAUCAAGGAAAUUGCUCACGUGUUGAGUCAUGGGGUCUAAUUGUUCUUGCUCUAGCUAAUGGAGCUGAUAUACAGAUUACAUAUACAUCUACCGGUGGAACCAAUGCUGUCCUUGAUGGCCAGAGUUUUAUUCUGACAAUCUUACAAUCAAAUAUUGCUGGCCCUAUAACAGCGCAUAUUGAACCCAAAAGAUAUUCUUCAGACCAUAAGACUUUUACUUCUCCUGAGUGGAAUAACCUACUCUGGUUUGGUCAUUCUUUUGGGGAAUAUGAUCAUAUCUUUGGAUGGCCACUUAACGAAAGUCCACCACUUGACCCCCCCGAGCAAUUGGUGGAUAAUGUCCGCAAUCAAGAGCUUUCUCGAUUGGUGAUCGAUGAUCACAGAGCAAAUCGUCUUCGAGAACAGCUAAAGGACGCUAUUCACAAAUGUCACGAUCAGUGGGAAGACCUGAAAGAUAUUCAACCGAGUGACGAGCUUAUGAAAGACAUUGAUCCUAUUCAAGAGAAUCUCAAGAAGUUGAAGCUGAUUCUAGUUGACCAAGACAAUCCAAGUGGUUCCUUCUCUCUGAAGGAAGAGAGAAUCGAUGAUACUCUUGAAUACUCAGAAGAACAAUUGAAGAUUGUUCAGGAAAAGAUCAAAGAAAGGCAUCCCACAUUUAGCCAUAAGAUAAUUGUGGCAUUAACCCGACUACUGACGAAGCCCAAAUUGAUACCUAAUUUUCUUAGCACUCGCGAUGCCGGAACAUAUAUCUCUGUGGUUUAA